AAGGCAGGCGCCGGCCGGAGCUUCCUCUCCGCCUCCCGUGCUGCCCGCGAGCGAGGCUGGGCGCGGCGAGCGGCGGCGAAGUUGCUUUUGAGGGGACCCCGAGAUGACCGGUUCCAACGAGUUCAAGCUGAACCAGCCGCCCGAGGACGGCAUCUCCUCGGUGAAGUUCAGCCCCAACACCUCCCAGUUCCUGCUGGUGUCUUCGUGGGACACGUCCGUGCGCCUCUACGAUGUGCCGGCCAACUCCAUGCGCCUCAAGUACCAGCACACCGGCGCCGUGCUGGACUGCGCCUUCUACGAUCCAACCCAUGCCUGGAGUGGUGGAUUAGACCAUCAACUGAAAAUGCAUGAUUUGAACACUGAUCAAGAAAAUCUUGUUGGAACACACGAUGCCCCUAUCAGAUGUGUUGAAUACUGCCCAGAAGUGAAUGUGAUGGUUACUGGGAGUUGGGAUCAGACAGUUAAAUUGUGGGACCCCAGAACUCCAUGUAAUGCUGGAACCUUCUCUCAGCCUGAAAAGGUCUACACCCUGUCGGUGUCGGGGGACCGGCUGAUUGUGGGCACGGCAGGCCGCAGAGUGCUGGUGUGGGACCUUCGGAACAUGGGCUACGUGCAGCAGCGCCGCGAGUCCAGCCUCAAGUACCAGACCCGCUGCAUCCGCGCCUUUCCCAACAAACAGGGUUAUGUCUUGAGUUCCAUUGAAGGCCGAGUGGCAGUUGAGUACUUGGACCCCAGCCCUGAGGUGCAGAAGAAGAAGUAUGCCUUUAAGUGCCACCGGCUGAAAGAAAAUAAUAUUGAGCAGAUUUACCCUGUCAAUGCCAUUUCCUUUCACAACAUACACAAUACAUUUGCCACAGGUGGUUCUGAUGGAUUUGUAAAUAUUUGGGAUCCAUUUAACAAAAAGCGACUGUGCCAGUUCCACCGGUACCCCACCAGCAUUGCUUCCCUUGCCUUCAGUAAUGAUGGGACUACGCUUGCAAUAGCAUCAUCAUAUAUGUAUGAAAUGGAUGACACAGAACACCCUGAAGAUGGUAUCUUCAUUCGCCAAGUGACAGAUGCAGAAACAAAACCCAAGUCCACCUAAUCGUCUCGUGCAAGUGGUUUCUCUCUGGAAAGCUUUGUGUUGCUUCCCACAAAUACAUGCUGUCCCUUAAGGGAUCUACUGUAGUCACUGUGGACACGUUCUUUAGUAUGUGCAUUUCUUUUUGUUUUUUUUUUUUUCUUACAAAAAACUUGUCUGUGCGCCCUUUCAUACCAGCUCUGUAAGAUGAGGAGCCUGUGUCCGGUGCAGGGGCCUGGGGGUGGUUUUCACCCCGCAGCAAGCCCAGGGCUGUUUUUGAGCAGCUUGAGCUCUUUUUGUAAAAUAACCUAAACCUGUUAUUUCCGUGCGGUCUAAUAAAUCAGAAAUCCAGAACCCUUAAAUGUUGGAUGUUUUUAAAUGUCGGUAAUUAAUGUAAUUUACUUCAUAAAAGGCUUCUGUAAAGCAGAACUCCUUCAUCACGGGCCUGGUGGGGAUGACAUUUUACCUUUAGGUCCAUGCUGCUUCGCUUAAUUAUGUCUAUUUUGAUGUACGUUGGGGAUUCGGUCGGGAUAAAGUGAUCUGUUGGAGUGUUGCCAUUUCCCUCGUGUGUGCUCUUGCUGGAUCAGCAGG